AUGUCCGUCUUAGAACAGUCACACAGCACUCAUCGUGAUCAGACAAACAACAUAUUCAUUGGAGGUGCUGUUGCAAUUGGUAUCGUCAUCAUUAUUCUCCUCGCAGUUGUAUUCUUCACAUAUCGCCGCCUUCGUCGAUCUAUACGUCAUCGUCAACCUCUCGCUCUUCAAGCACUUGAAGCAUCUGGCCUUAAUCAACUUCAUCCGAUGGGCAACAUACUUAUGAGUACCCUUCGUCGUCUCGACACUUUAGAACAGGCUACUCAACCACCUGCUAUACGUUAUGCAUCUUCACCUGCUUUACCACCUCUCAAAUUUUAA